AUGUCAUUUGACUGUGCUCUUAUUGGUGCCGAAGGAACAUGCGCAAUCCAAGCCGUUGCAGAUGCACUGGAAGCGAGGUUCAAGAUCGCAGACAUGAGAGAUGGGAGAACAUUCUCCCACGCAUUGCCUGAUUCUGUCCAGUUUGCGUGCGAUAUGUCGGCGCUAGGAAUCCUGGGAGCGCAUGGUGCCGACAUACAAAUGGUUCUUCGUGCUGUCAUUUAUAUAGGAAUACCAGUCGGUCUCGUGGACCUGCGAUUCCCAAACGUUGAUCAGGGCUUGGCAAGGCAUCGUAAAAUCACAGGCUACAGAACUAUGGUUGUCCAGGGAGAACACGAGGCAAAUGAGAGACUACUGCACAAUGAGAUCAAAAUGAACGGCCCGGUGAUCGGAGAAUUUGUUCUUGCCACAGACUUCCGCAGUUCAAACGGACACAUUUACGGCAGUAUCAAUAACCCAAAUAUGCGGAUUAUUAGAGACGACGGCACAUUUGUGUACCAUGCAGUCGCUAUUACUGGCUAUGGGCAGCGACCAGACGGUCAAACCUUCUUCGAGUUCCAGAACAACUGGGGCAUUGAAGCACACAUUGGGGGAAUAGGGACCAUACUAUAUAAGGCACUUACACGGGUUUUCAUCCCAAUAGUUAAUUAA